AGAUGGAUUUGAAUCCGUGGGGAUUUUAACAAUGGCCUUCAUGGUGAAGCACGUCGUCGGAGGUCAGCUGAAGAAUCUGACCGGAGGUCUGACAGAAGAGAAAUCAGACGGAGAUAAAUCAGAGGCUAAAGGAAUGACACAAGAAGAGUUUGAACAGUAUCAACAACAGCUGGAGGAGGAGAAGCAAGAGCGAGAUGCCAAUUUUGCUCAGCGAAAGGCUGAGAGAGCUACGGUCAGAACUCACUUCAGAGACAAAUACAGACUGCCAAAGAAUGAGUUAGAUGAGUCUCAGAUUCAGGCUGCGCAAGAUGAUGUUGAACUCCCCACUGAACUGGCCAAGAUGAUCGCUGAAGAUAACCAGGAAGAGGAACACAAACAGUCUGUCCUGGGUCAUCUGACCAACAUCCAGAAUGUGGACAUGAACCAUCUGAAGGGAAAAGCUCAGGCCACACUGGAGGACCUGAAGAACUCUGCUGAGAAGUGUUCGGUCAUGUGAUCUCUCUCUCUCUAUCUCUCUAUCUUUCUGUCUAUUUUCUUGUCUCUUUAUCAAGAAGACUGUCCUUAUCUGUUGUAUAUCUCCUCCAUCAUCAUCUUACUCACUGACAUGUUCAUGUUAAAAUAUUCAGUGUGAUCUAUAGGACAUAACGCUACUGGAGUUUCUGGUCUUCUUGUGGUCUCUCAUAAAAUACAGUCUUUGUGAGAAUAUUUCCAUCAUGUUUCACCCCAAGAUCAAAAAAGAAAGAAAAUGUAUUUAUUAUGAUAAAAACUCAAUUUGUUCCAUUAGAUAUGGGGGAGUUAUUUUAACAAAUAUGAAAAACAUUUCAUACAUCACAAUGCAAAAAGUCCAAAUGGUCUCAGAGACGGGCUUUAUGUUGGUUAUGCAAAGCGUGUGUGUGUGUGUGUGUGUGUGUGUGUGUGUGUGUGUGUGUGUGUGUGUGUGUGUGUGUGUUUUAUUUUAUUCUUGAUUUUGGGGGUUAAUGUGACAUUGACAGGUUUGUGAUAUUCAUCAGAUAAUAAACAGUCAGGCUUCUUUAACUUAAGCAAUAGUUUAGGUUUAUGAUGUUAAGGACUUUUUGGGAAAUAAUCCAUCUGUCUGUAGGUCAUUGCAGCCAUUAAAUAUCUACAUGAAGACCUUUGACCCCUGCUGAACUCAACGCCCUUUGACCUUUCUUUGAGUGAUGCUGUUUAGUGCAGAUGCUUGGUGUUGUCUGGUUCUUUCUCUUAGAAAUCUGAAUUAUUUGAUCACUUCUGUGUGCAGGAACAGAUGUGAAGCAAAACUUUUGAUUAUUAAUGUGAAGCAUUUUUUUGAAGUUUGUGUUUUUUGUGUGAUUUGUGUAUUUUGUGAGUCUGUUGUCAGUGUUGAUGAAGCCAUGCAGGUUUUAUGGUUUUGUAAUAAGCUGCUUCCAUCUAGUGAUAUUAAAACGAUAAUAAAGCAAUAUUACAGUCUCUGAUCCAAAUGCAGGACAGAGCUGAUAGCCAAUAAUAUACAGGGAAUAAGUCUGAAGAGAAAUUAAACGGUUGAUUUUACCUUUAAUUUUGUUUUACCUAAUAGAUGAUAUAUUUGUUAUUUAUUUACCAAUGGCAAGAGUUGAUU